CUCUAAGCAGGGCGCUAUUGCAGUGGCGUGAGUUCUCGCCCCCUCGCAGGCCAUGGCUGCUGCUGCUUCCACGCGACGGCUGCGAAGCCUUCGCCAUUCCCUGUUGGGCUUUGCCGCCCGGACUCUACCACCUCUCACUUCUCGGUUUCCUUCUUCGGGACCUGCUUUUUGUGCCGAGGUGGCUCACAUUGAUCAGUUGGGCUCCGCGCAGGAGGAACUCUGUUCGAAGGAUUUUGAAGUUGUUGGGUCGGUUUCCCUUGCUUUGUUGGGCCGAUCGGGUUUUUCGCUUCCGAGAGGGGCGGAUUGGCCCUGGGGUUGGAGACGUGAUACUUCAGUCGCAGAGAACGGUGUAUUUUCUCACGUUUUAGGAGUUGGUGUUCGAGGUCUCGCUGCUAAGGCCAAGAAAUCGGGUGGAAAAUCUCGUGGUGAUGAUGGCGGAGGUCAAGUUGUUGCAACUCCAGGACCAUCAGCCAAAGAAACAGCUUCGAGGCUGAUGGAGGCUGCCUUGAAUGCUCUGUCAGUGGAGCUCUCGAAACUUCGCACUGGCAGAGCUACUCCAGGAAUGCUAGAUCAUGUGAACGUGAUGUCUCAUGGUGUACAAACACCUCUAUCUCAUGUGGCCGCAGUUUCGGUUUCCAAUCUUGAAACAUUGACAGUAAUGCCAUAUGAUACUUCUAUGGUCAAAGAAGUUGAGAAAGCUAUUCGAAAUUCUCCACUCAAACUAAACCCCAUGGCGGAAGGGGAAGUCCUGAGGGUUCCUAUCCCUAAGCUAACAAAGGAGCAUAUACAGACCAUGAGUAAACUUGUAGGGAAAGCUGGUGAAACCGCGAAGCUUAGUGUGCGUAGAGCACGCAAAGACGCUAUGGAUAUCAUCUCAAAAGGUGGAUACUCCAAGGAUGAAGUGAAAAGAUUCGAGAAAGAGGUAGAAGAUGUGACGAAGAAGUACGUGAAGUCAGUCGAGGAAGCCUGCAAGUCCAAAGAGAAGGAAAUCCUGGGUAACAGCUAGGUCUGGCUUAUCUUUUCAUUAAGAAAUCAGGGGAUGGGUCUGAUGUGUGGAAAUCAGGACCAAAUGUCUCCGACUUCGACAAUAGCGAUCCAUGGCCUAGCUAGAGAUGAGUUACGAAGCAGAUGCAUAGGGCAUUCUUAAUGUCCUAGCUUUUCCUCAUUCGGAACUACAGUGGUCAGAUCAGGAUGCUUAACACUUGCCUUGUUACGUGAAAUCAUCUCAUUUCUGAGCUAAGGUUAUCAUAUUUUAAGCCAACGAUUCAUUAGCCAGACUUUCGUUAGGAUUUGCAGCUGUUGGGUACACAAAGCGAAUAGGCUGCAAGUGUUAGAAGCAUGUUGUCGUUUCUAAUCGUGAAGUGUUUUACUUUAAUUUACCGAUCAGAUUUGUUGUCCAUGAACUGCGACUUCAGCAUGGAAACAAAUAAGAAACUGACGUUGUGGAACUGUUGCUUUGAGUUGAAAGGAUACAAUCAUUUCCCCAUUGGCUGUGAGGUUCCGCCUCAUCGAAUAAAGUUGCAACAUACAUGUGUACCCCAAUGAAA